AUGAUUGAUGAUGAUGAUGAUGAUGAUGAUGAUGAUGAUGAUGAUGAUGAUGAUGAUGAUGAUGAUGAUGAUGAUGAUGAUGAUGAUGAUGAUGAUGAUGAUGAUGAUGAUGAUGAUGAUGAUGAUGAUGAUUCGGAUGAUGAUGAUGAUGAUGAUGAUGAUGAUGAUGAUGAUGAUGAUGAUGAUGGUGAUGAUGAUGAUGAUGAUGAUGAUGAUGAUGAUGAUGAUGAUGAUGAUGAUGAUGAUGAUGAUGAUGAUGAUGAUGAUGAUGAUGAUGAUGAUGAUGAUGAUGAUGAUGAUGAUGAUGAUGAUGAUGAUGAUUCGGAUGAUGAUGAUGAUGAUGAUGAUGAUGAUGAUGAUGAUGAUGAUGAUGAUGAUGAUGAUGAUGAUGAUGAUGAUGAUGAUGAUGAUGAUGAUGAUGAUGAUGAUGAUGAUGAUGAUGAUGAUGAUGAUGAUGAUGAUGAUGAUGAUGAUGAUGAUGAUGAUGAUGAUGAUGAUGAUGAUGAUGAUGAUGAUGAUGAUGAUGAUGAUGAUGAUGAUGAUGAUGAUGAGGAUGAUGAUGAUGAUGAUGAUGAUGAUGAUUCGGAUGAUGAUGAUGAUGAUGAUGAUGAUGAUGAUGAUGAUGAUGAUGAUGAUGAUGAUGAUGAUGAUGAUGAUGAUGAUGAUGAUGAUGAUGAUGAUGAUGAUGAUGGAUGA